CCCGAGUUUGAUCCCCAGUACCAAAAAAUAAAAAUAUUAAGGUCAGAAAAAUGACAUUUUGUACAAUCAGAGUAACUUCACGUACUUGUCUACCUUACUUUUUUUACUUGGAUUCUAAUUUUGUAGGCUCCUUCUGUGAACCAUGCUUGAGAGGCAUUGUACAAAGAAACUGGGGCUGACCCAGGUUCCCCUUGCAUAGUUACAUUAGCAGUGAAUUCCAGUGUAACAUGAAAAUUCCUGUAUGACGUGUACAUGUGAAUGGACAGUUAAGUGUUUCAUGACUGAGACGUGAAGGAAACAUUCGGAAACCUCAGCCUCAUAUGGGCUGUGUCUGAGGAGAGAUGAGAUGUUCCAUGUUGUGAAUCUCAUACUUCUUCCUGGAAACACGUGUCUGAUGAUUUAGGAGGCACUGACCUUCGAGGAUGUGGCUGUGAACUUCACCCAGGAGGAGUGGGCUUUGCUGGAUCCAUCCCAAAAGAAGCUCUACAGAGAUGUGAUGUGGGAAACCUUUAGGAACCUGGCUGCCAUAGGAAGACAUUCAGAUGACCAGCACAUUGAAGAUGAGUACAACACUUGCAGGAAAAGUCUAAGAAGUGAAGAGGGAGAGAAAUCCUGUCAGUAUAAAUUACGGUACCAAGGUGGAGAAGCUGUUGUUCAGACUCCAGAUACGAAUGCGCACAUGAAACUUGUUCAUAUAAAUCCAGGUGGGAGCCUCUCCUGUAGAAGGCACCUGACUGGUCCUUCCUCAGCAGAUGGGCCCAUCACAGCCGACGCUGGACUCAAAUCACCUGAGCAGCAGGGAUUUCAAGGAAAGCUGUCUAACUGUAACAUACAUGGAAAAACCUGCAUAAAACUUCAGUCAUCUCAGAAAUAUGCAAAGACUCCUCCUGGGGAGAAACCCCAUGAUCAUAUGCUAGGCGGAAAAUCCUUCCCUGAUUGCACUGAAGAAAGUACCGUUGAAAUGAAGCCAUUUAAAUAUAAGCAAGAUGUGACAUCAUUCAUUACACCCAGCAGUGCUCAGAUUGGAGAGGGAAGUCACAGUGAAGUGAACAGAUACACAUGUGUAACAUGUGGGGAAAUUUUUAUUUCUUACCAUGAUCUUAAGAUACAUGAAAAAGGUCACACUGGAGGAAAAAAGUAUGUAGUUAAACACUGUGAAAAUUUCUUCACUAACAGCAAAUCAAGUGACAAUCAUGAAAGAACUCACACCGGGGAGAAACCCUACGUAUGUAAGCAAUGUGGGAAAGCUUUCAGAACACACAGAGUUUGUCAAGGACAUGAGAGGACUCACGGUGGGGAGAAACCCUAUGUCUGUAGGCAAUGUGGGAAAGCUUUCAGCAGACAAGGUAAUUGUAAUCGACAUGAAAGAGUUCAUUCUGGGGAGAAACCCUAUGUAUGUAAGCAGUGUGGCAAAGCAUUUAGCACACACAGUGAUUGUCAGAUACAUGAACGGAGGCACACAGGGGAGAAACCGUAUGUAUGUAAGCAGUGUGGGAAAGCUUUUAUCACUCAUAGUGCUUGUCAAAGACACGGACAAACUCACUCUGGACAGAAACCCUACAUAUGUAAGCAUUGUGGGAAAGCGUUCAGCACACAUGGUGAAUGUCAAACACAUGGACAGACCCUCACUAUAGAGAAACUCUGUGUAAGUCAGCAAUGUGGUGAAGCUUUCGGCAUAGGUGGAGAUUGUCAAAGAAAUGAGCAGACUCACGCUGGAGAGAAACCCUACGUAUGUAAGCAAUGUGGGAAAGCUUUCAGAACACACAGAGUUUGUCAAGGACAUGAGAGGACUCACGGUGGGCAGAAACCCUAUGUCUGUAGGCAAUGUGGGAGAGCUUUCAACAAACUAGGUAAUUGUAAUCGACAUGAGAGAGGUCAUUCUGGGGAGAAACCCUAUGUAUGUAAGCAGUGUGGCAAAGCAUUUAGCACACACAGUGAUUGUCAGAUACAUGAACGGAGGCACACAGGGGAGAAACCGUAUGUAUGUAAGCAGUGUGGGAAAGCUUUUAUCACUCGUAGUGCUUGUCAAAGACAUGGACAAACUCACUCUGGACAGAAACCCUAUGUAUGUAAGCAUUGUGGGAAAGCGUUCAACACACAUGCUCAUUGUCGAUUACAUGAACGGACUCACACUGGUGAGAAACCCUUUGUAUGUAAGCAGUGUGGGAAAGCUUUCAGCACACGCAGAUCUUGUCAAAGACACGAGCACACUCACACGAGGCAGAAACCGUAUGUAUGUAAGCAGUGUGGAAAAGCUUUCAGUACAGGUGCUUACUGUCAAGCCCAUCAACAGAGGCACACUGGUGAAAAACCCUAUGUGUGUAAGCAGUGUGGGAAAGGAUUUAUCACUUGUAGUUCUUAUCAAAAACAUGAAGAAACUCACACUGGGAAGAAACCCUACGUACGUAAAUACUGUGGGAAAACGUUCAGCACACAUGGCAGUUGUGAAAUACACGAAAGGAUUCACACUGGAGGGAAACUGUACCUAUGUAAACAAAGUGGGAAAGGUCUCAGCCCUGGUGCAUGUCAAACACAUGAAUGGACUAACACUGUAGAGAAACCCUAUGUACGUAAUCAGUGUGGGAAAGGUUUCAGCACAAGUGGAGAGUGCCAAACGCAUGGGGGGACUCAGACUGGGGAGAAACCGUACGCAUGUAAACUGUGUGGGAAAGCUUUCAGAACACACAGAGUUUGUCAAGGACAUGAGAGGACUCACGGUGGGGAGAAACCCUAUGUCUGUAGGCAGUGUGGGAAAGCUUUCAGCAGACUAGGUAAUUGCAAUCGACAUGAGAGAGGUCAUUCUGGGGAGAAACCCUAUGUAUGUAAGCAGUGUGGCAAAGCGUUUAGCACACACAAUGAUUGUCAGAUACAUGAACGGAGGCACACAGGGGAGAAACCGUAUGUAUGUAAGCAGUGUGGCAAAGCGUUUAGCACACACAAUGAUUGUCAGAUACAUGAACGGAGGCACACAGGGGAGAAACCGUAUGUAUGUAAGCAGUGUGGCAAAGCGUUUAGCACACACAAUGAUUGUCAGAUACAUGAACGGAGGCACACAGGGGAGAAACCGUAUGUAUGUAAGCAGUGUGGCAAAGCGUUUAGCACACACAAUGAUUGUCAGAUACAUGAACGGAGGCACACAGGGGAGAAACCGUAUGUAUGUAAGCAGUGUGGCAAAGCGUUUAGCACACACAAUGAUUGUCAGAUACAUGAACGGAGGCACACAGGGGAGAAACCGUAUGUAUGUAAGCAGUGUGGCAAAGCGUUUAGCACACACAAUGAUUGUCAGAUACAUGAACGGAGGCACACAGGGGAGAAACCGUAUGUAUGUAAGCAGUGUGGGAAAGGUUUUACCACUCGUAGUGGUUGCCAAAGACAUGAAGAGACUCACACUGGAAAGAAAACCUAUAUAUGUAAGCAUUGUGGGGAAGUGUUCGGCACACACAGAUCUUGUCAAAGACAUGAGCAGACUCAUCGGAAUAAAACCAUGUGUAUUUAAGCAGUGUGGGAAAGCUUUCAGCAUACAAUUCCUGUCAAACACAUGAAAGGACCCACUGGGAAGGGAAAAGAAGAAUAUAUAUAUAUACGUCUGUGUGAGUCUUCCAACACAACAGGGUCAAAAGAUGAACAGUCCCCGCUGGCAAGAAGCCAUAUGUAUGUGGGCAGGGUGGGAACACUCAGGAGACAGAAUUUGUCAAGGGCAACAGAGGACUCAGGGUGGAGAGAAACCACAUGUAUGUGAGCAGUGUGGAAAAGCCUUCAGCACAUUCAGUUAUUGUCAAACAUGACUGGAUUCACACUAGUGCAAAACCCUAUGUAAGCAAGGUGGGAAAGUUUUCAGCACACAGGUGUUGUCAGAUACCUUUUCAGACUCGUACUGAGGAGAAAUCUUGUUUAUGUAAAUGGUGCGGAACAGCUUUUAGCAGAAACCAAGAUUGUCAAAUUCAUGUAGGGAACUCAUAUGGGGGAAAUCCCUAGGUAUAUAUUGGUAGCCCUAAUAUUUUGAACAGUGUACCUAAUCAUAACAAGUUAGUUAUGCUUAGACGAUUAAAUUAGCCAUCAUGUGGGCAAUAUUAUAAAAGCUCUGUCUCAACUGUUUACUUCUUUUGGCUUUUUAAGAAGUGUUUCCCCAUGUAGUACAGGCUGGUCUCAAACUGGUGGCAGUCCUCAGCCUUACAAGUGCUGGGAUUACAGACUUUCACCAUCUCUCCUGUUAAAAAGUGUGUCUGUUUUACAGUGAAAUGGUAAAUAACCUGUGUGCUUCAUGACGUAUUACUACAUUGUAGAACAUAGCAUUAGUUUUUACAUGAUGAAAUACGGGGCUAAUUUUAUUACAGCUCACUUAUAAUCAGUUCUUUAUCAAGACUUUGUGUAGUGCGUUCUGCUAUUUCAGCCUGAGGAAACAUGAAAAUAGAGGUAAUUCUUUCCUGAGCAUAUUUAUUUCCUACCAUCUUAGCGUAAAAAAAAAAAAAGUCUAGUGCUACCGGUGGUUUGUGUCUGUAAUCCCACCCGCUCAGGAAGCGCAGGUUGACAGUGGAACCUGUGACAAUGAAAUAUGAAGUGCUGCAGGUGUAGCUCAGUUUAUUAAUAUUCUUUGUGUAAACCCUGUGUUUUAUCUGCCAGGCAUCGUAUCCCACGGCUAAUCUAGCACGUGAAAGACUGAGACAAGGGGAUCCCCAGGACAUCUAGACUGUUCUGGACUAUGUAGUGAGUGUAAGCCAAGCCUGAACUAAAUAGGAAGAUUCUAUCUAACCCCUCACACACAAAACGUGUGUUACUAAGCAACAGUAAUAGUCUGUGCUUAGGUAAAUGCUUCAGUUUUGUGUUAGAAUGUAGUCACUAUUUGUGUGAUUACAUAAUUGUUACUACUACAUUUCAUCAUUGUUUCCAUUCUUCCACAAUUUUCCUCUGAUCUUACGGAGAAAACCUAAGCACAAACACCGGUCUUCACCACAGCCGUCAACCUCACAGUGAUCAUUUUUCCCAUGGUGAGGGGCACACGUUGGCAUGGGUCCUUCCCACAUCACAGACAUGAAGUUCAAAUGGACUUCACAGGACUGGUGAUCUUGUGCACCUUAGAGAAACUGAAGACCACAGUGUGAACAACCUACCAUGUACUAGCCCAGAAAGCAUUCCUGUGUACAUACAAUAGAAUCAAGAUUAUUGCAUGGAUAUUAUCAGAUCAUAGGGCAAUGACAGAAAUAAAUGUCAACAAUGUAUAGAAACUAAGGGAACUCAAGAAUACUAUCUUCUAUAAAUGAGUCUCAGAAGAUAUUGAAGUAAACAUUAGUUUCUAGAGUCCAAUUAUAAUAGCAAUACAACAUAACCUAUAAGGCAGAAUGAAAGCAGUGAUACCUGGGCAAAACAUACAUGGUUCAAACCACUUAAAUCAGGAAAACCAAAUAAACUCACGUAAAUAACCUACCAUUGCAUCUCAGGUUCCUGGAAUAACAAAUCCGAAGUUCUGAUGAGUUGGGAAAUUGUAAAGGGAAAAGUGGAACAGAAUAAAUUGAGACUGAGAAACACAAUGAUUCAAAAGGUGUUUGUUUGAAAGAAUAAACAAA